CUAUAUAAAGACAGACACGGUCAGAUUAAAGUCAACCAAACACCUAGAGAGACACAGAAGAACAGCUGAGACUUCACACAGACUUUGAAAAGCCUCAAGAAAUGUCUGAAAAAACUUGGGUUCUCCUUGUUGCUGGCUCACAGAGCUGGGACAAUUACAGACACCAGGCCAAUGUGUGCUGUACAUAUCAAUUAUUUAAGAAACAAGGAAUUCCUGAUGAGCAGAUUGUGGUGAUGAUGUAUGACAACAUCUCUGAAAAUUCCAACAAUCCCUUUCCUGGAAGCAUUCGCAGUGUUGUUGAUCAAACAAACGUGCACAAAUCAGUGCCACAUGACUACACUGGAAAAAAGGUGAAUUCGAAGAAUUUUCUCGCCAUUCUUCGAGGGGAUGACAGUGCUGGGGGGAAAAUCAUAAGAAGUGGAAGUAAUGACAACAUACUCAUCUACAUGUCAGGAGCGGGAAAUAAUGGCAACUUUAAAUUUCCUGAGGACUCUCUUACUGCACAUCAGUUCACAACAACAAUAAACACUAUGUCUGAGAAUAAGAAAUACUCAAAGAUGGCGAUCUUCAUGGAUAGCGAUAACUCUAAAUCAGUGUUCACAGGCCUUUAUGAUAACAUCAGUGUCUAUGCAGUGGCAUCAUGUGACUCAAAUAACCAGAACAAAAGUGUUCAGAACGACACUGACAGGGGCAUUUACCUCUCUGAUCAAUUCUCAGCUGCUUGGUUGACGUUCAUUUCUACGGCUGAUCUUAAAAAAGCUACAUUCAGUAAGCUCUUUAACUACAUAAAAAGCAAAGGUGAAUCCUGUCCCAGCGCGUUUGGAGAUCAGGAAAUUCCUCAACUUCGGAUUGGUGACUUUCUGCGAGUGGGAGGCUGUUCAGACUGCGCUUGAGAAGACUUCUUCCUGAAGCACUGAUGAAAAUGAUCAGCAUAAUCUGAUGGCUUUUUCUUUUCUUCUUUCAAACCUCUGCAUUAAUGAUUAGAACUGAAUCGAGUGCAACAUUAUAUACGCUUACUGCUGACAGUUUGUGCUUAGUGAGAUUUUAAAAUGGCUUUUAACUGAAAGAAAUGCUUUAGACUAAAUUGAUGUGUUCUUGCUAAAGGUAUUUUUUUAUUUCAAAACAUCAUAUUGAUUUCAAAUUGUAUGUGAUUCAGUCAUUUUACGUAACUGUAGCUAAUGAACUAUGAAAUCUGACCAUUUUUAUUAUUUAGUUAGGACUGGGUUUCUUUCUUCUUUUUUGAUCUAAAAGGACUUAUUGGGACUGUGUGUGUGAACUACUUACAACCAAAAAAAUUAAUAAAACUGGGAAUAAGGGAAA